AAGGAUUGCCAGGAUUCGAGAGUUCCAAAUGCAAGCAUGCAAUACGAAAAUCUUCCAAGUAUAAAUGGUAAUACAUAGUACGUUUAGAAGCUUUUGUCUUGACAUAUUCGCUGCAUUGUCUGUCAUCGAUAACUCAGUAUGCAUUUUCAAUCUACUCUUGCUCUCGGCCUUUUGGCCAACUCUGUGGCAGCCGCUGGCUUUGACUGCGGUACCUCGGGCUCCAGCAGUGGCUUCAAAGCUAUAUCAAAAGACCUUGCAAACGACCACCUUGAGAUCCGAGGACAACAUAAGAGCGUAGAGAUCAAGACCUACGUCCAUGUCAUUGCAGCAAGCAAGAAGGAAGAAGACGGCUAUCUCAGUCAAGCCACUGUCAAAGAACAGAUGGAUCUCCUGAACAAAAGCUACAAGCCAUGGAAGUUCUCAUUCAAGUUGAUAAAGACCACCAGAACCGUCAACGAAUCUUGGGCGUACCCCAUCGGCAGCCCAGGUAGCGACGACACCGAAGGUGAUCUCCGAGCCGCUCUUCGAGAGGGAACUUACAAGGAUCUCAAUCUUUACUACAUCGUGGACAUGCCUCCCGGUGGAAAGUGCGAGCUCCCCGUUCCCAGCCCUAAUAAGGAGCAAAUUCUCUACGAUGGCUGCCUCAUGAGGCCUUCAACGCCUGGCGAGACACCUCCCAAGUUUAAUUUUGUAACCGUUCACGAGGUUGGUCACUGGCUUGGUCUAGAACAUACCUUUGAGAAUGGUUGUGAGGAGCCUGGUGAUUAUGUCGAUGAUACCCCUUAUGAGGAUUAUCCUACCGACCCUGACACUUGCCCCGAGCCGGGUCGCAACACUUGUCCUGACAAGCCUGGUCUGGACCCUAUUGAUAACUUCAUGAACUAUGUUCCUCCUGACUGUGGUCCUAAGCGUUUUACCCCUGGGCAGGCUGAGCGUAUGCACAAGCUUUGGAAAAAGCUGCGUGCAAACUAAUACUGUUGCAUUGAGGAGCGCAACUGCUGAAAUUUGGACGAAUAAUGAUGAUGUGAUUGGGAGCGAGGAGUUGGGGAUAAUGGGUGAAGAAAUAGGAGUCAAGGGCGAGACCGGAGGCGUGUAUUUACUUCGAUACGGUGAGUAUAUAUUAAAGGACG